ACGGAAUUGAAUGCAUUUGAUUGUGUGUACAGUUGUGUAAUGUGUGUAUACACUAUUGUCUAUUACGGUAACAGUACAAUAACAUAACACCCCCGCGUCGCACCUGUCCGUAGUGGUGUUCUCGUUGUUUAAUUUAAUCGUCCCGUUCUCAUUAAUGGCUAUUUCGUGUGCGUAGAUGAAUAGUUUUUUAAUUAGUAUUCGCCGUCGUCAAUUGUCCGCGUCGUUGUCUCGUGCGCGCGUCUCUCUCCGCCGUCACUCGCCGCCCGAAAACUACGGCACCGUCGCGGCCGUUUUUUUCAGCCCGAAUCGAAUGGCGGACUGUAAGUCAUCGAGUGUUGGACGAAAUGGACGUUGUCAAUAGAUUCACGGCCCCUGGUGCCUGCCGACCAACCGUUUUCAGCGUUUCUUUGUAAAUUCCACCCGUGGUAUCCCGUCGCGUCGACAUGGCGUCGCACGGACCGCGUUUCGCGGCAGCGCUGCUCAUGACAGCAAUGAUGCUGUUAUUUAUGGUAAAAUGUUCGGUUUCGUUUGCACACUCGUCGAGUCAACAGAUCCAAGACGGUUCGAUCGGCGACGACCCUACCGGUCACCAUGGCCGGUGUGAGUCCAUCACCAUACCAUUUUGCAUGGGCAUUGCAUAUAAUGAAACAAUCAUGCCCAACUUGUUGGGCCAACAGCGUCAAGACGAAGCGGGUUUCGAAGUGCAGCAAUACUAUCCGUUGGUAAAAAUCCAAUGUUCCCACGAUCUGCAAUUCUUUUUGUGCAGCGUCUUCGCUCCCGUGUGCACCAUAAUUGAGAGACCUAUUCCACCCUGUCGGUCACUGUGUGUGUCAGCGCGCAAUGGCUGUGAGGCAAUAAUGAACCGUUUUCAAAUUGAAUGGCCCGAUAAUCUGGAAUGUUCAAAGUUCCCUGAAAAUGGGCAACUCUGCGUCGGUGAGAAUAAUGUAACAAACACUUCUCCAACACCACAGACUGGUUUAAUAGAACAAAGCGGAAAAGAUUUAACAGCACCCGGAUCUAGACACUUUUCAGGAGAUCAAGGAUAUCCAAAUAAUCCCAAUAGCUUUGAUAUUGGGUUUGUUUGCCCACAACAAUUUCGAAUUGAGUCUAAUAGUAACAAAAAAAGAUCUGAUAGGAGCAAUCAAGUUUAUACAUUAAAAGUUGGCAAUAAAGUAGUAAAGGAUUGUGGAGUACCCUGUGAUGCAUUCUGGAGUCAAGAUCAAAUGCGCAGAGCUAGAUCAUGGGUGGCUCUGUGGUCUGUGUUGUGUGCUAUAUCCUGUUUGUUUACUUCAUUAACUUUUGCCAUUGAUACACACCGUUUUCGAUAUCCAGAACGACCAAUAAUAUUCUUGUCUUUGUGUUAUCUGAUGGUUUCUAUAUCUUAUCUGAUUGGAUAUUUAUCGGGAAACAACAUUGCGUGCAACAAGCAAAAUUUAAUCACUCAAGGUACAGACGAUAAUGAAUGGUGUACUGUACUAUUUAUGGUGUCGUAUUUCUUUAGUAGCGCAUCUUCUGUAUGGUGGGUUGUGUUGACAUUGACUUGGUUCCUUGCUGCGGGACUUAAAUGGGGACAUGAAGCUAUUGAAGCAAAUUCUCAUUAUUUCCACUUAGCGGCAUGGACGGUUCCUGCUGCUAAAACAAUUACAGUAUUGGCUUUGGGAAAAAUUGAGGGUGAUGUUUUAACCGGUAUCUGUUCAAUGGCUGUUUGGAGUGAUGAUACGGCUGUGAGAGACAUGGUGCUAUUUCCUUUAGUAGUUUACCUGAUUUUGGGUACAGCAUUUUGGAUGGCUGGAUUUGUUUCUUUAUGCCGCAUUCGAAAAGUAAUGAAACAUGAUGGUACUCGAGGUACUGAAAAAUUGGAAAAAUUGAUGAUACGCAUUGGCGUCUUUAGUGUUCUAUACACAGUACCUGCUGUGGCUCAAAUCUUAUGUUUAGUUUAUGAACAUGUCAAUCUCAGUUCAUGGAUUAUUAGUUGGCACUCUACUCUUUGUCAAGAUCCAAAGUAUGCUCUGCCAUGUCCUUCUCAACCCAGUGACACGGGAAAAAAACCUAGCUUUGAGGUGUUUAUAGCUAAAUAUUUUGUUUCAUUAUUAGUUGGUCUUACAUCGAGUGUUUGGAUUUGGUCUAGUAAAACUCUGAAUAGUUGGCAAAAAUUUUUGGCUCGAAUUCGACCUAAUUCAGGAAAAUCUGAAGCUUAUGUUUAAUUAAAUUUAAAGUUUGGUUUAUUAAUGUAUCAACAUAUUUGUUUUUAAUUUAGAUUUCUUACAGACUAAUAUAUUUUAUACUAUUCACAGGACAUUUAAUAAAUUAGGGAUGAUUUGAUACCACAUUUUGUUUAUCUAAUUAAUUGUUAUAUUGAUUUCAAGUCCAAUAUUCAAUGUACAUAGUAUAAGUUAUCAAAAUCAAGCUACUUCUUAAUUAAUAAACAAUUAGCAUCACUAAAUGUCAUGUAUAUAAUUAUAAAUUUGGUGGUAAUUAAAUGUAUGUGUACAUAGAAAAUAAUAAUAAUCAUUAUUUAGGCUUUUUUAACAAUAUAAUUAAUAUUACUAAGUAGUAACAGUUAUCUUUAUUUCUGAGUAAUAUAAUAAUUUUAUUAUUAAUGUGACGUUAGAAUUAUAUAUUUUUUACAUUUUAUAUACCACAAUUUCUACUACUAUUAUUUAUGUAAUGUUAUGAUUCUUUAUGAUAAUUUGUUACACACACAUAUAUAUAUAUAU